CGGCGCUCGAACGCCUCCGGGGAGGAGCGGCCGCCGUGCGACCCGCCGGACGAUGUGCGCGAGCGAGCGGAAAGCCGAGGCAUGGUCCUCCUGAGCGCUGGCGCUGGGCACGUCGUGUACGUUACGGCGGGGGGCGACGGCGAUGUGGACUCCGAGGCGAGCCUGCUGGUGUUCGACUGCGGGCGCCACAGGGAGCUGGUCUUCGUGCACAUCCCGAAGAACGCGGGGACCACCAUCGAGGAUGUCGCCCAGGGCAGGUACAUCGACUGGGGCCGCUUCCAGCACAACUGGGGGGCGGACACGCAGCGGAUGCCCGACGGCAGCGCGUGCAGCCACUGGCACGUGCCUCCCUACCUGAAGGACCCCCCGAACCCCUACGCGAGGGCCGGGACGGACGUCUUCUGCGUCACGCGCGACCCCUGGUCCAGGAUGCGCAGCGAGUACACCUACACGCUGACCUGGACGCCGUAUCGGGCCACCGUUCCAGACGGUCCGCCCUGCUCCCUUGAGGCCUUCAACGGGUGGGUGACGCAGCGGCUGCGCAGGGUCGAGAGUGGGCUGCAGCCAUAUGCGCUGGACUGCCACCUGGUGCCGCAGUGGAGCUUCGUGGAGGGCCCCAACGGGAGGCGCUGGUGCAAGGAGGCGAUCCCCAUCAAGCAGCUGACGCCGCGGUUCAACGCCCUGAUGCAGGCCUACGGCCUGCCCCUCCGGCUGGCCCCGCACGAGAAGUCGAACCCGUCUGCCGGGAGGUGUCCAGCGCUCUCGAGCAGCCCCCUCGAGGCAACGUACUGGGCCUCGACCCGGGCAAUCAUGCGCCGCGUGUACCGGCAAGACUUCCUCCACCUGGGCGACUCCAUGCUGGGCCACGCUGGUCUGCUGGUCAACGCGAGCGCGGAGACGGUGGCCUUGAAGGCGGGCUUCAAGGACCAAUGA